AACAACAGCUCAGGACCACCAAAAUUGCGUUUUGGGCUCAACUGUUCUGGGACAGCCUCCCAACUUUCACACUUUCCCGUUGCAUCCAACAUUUAUUUCCCUCGAGACUAGUCUACCCCUCUUGUGCUCUAAUCAAUCCACUGACCAUGAGCAGCAGUCUGAAAUGUGCCAUCGAAAAAGCUGGUGGCAGUGCCCAGAAGGGCGGCUUUGAAGCAUGCUUUGCGCAAGGACUCGACCUUUCCGAGUUCACAUCUUCAUCUCCUACUCCAUGCGCUUCAGCUGCACUGUUGAAGAUCAAACAAAAAGAAUCGGAACAACGAAAGCAACAGGAACAAGAAGAUGCUGCAAUGGUGCGAGCGGUUCAACAACGGACAGAAACUAUAAAGCAGACACUCGGGAAAAAUCAACAAACCAAGGCCAUACUUUCGUCGGAUGGCCGUCAUCAAAACCAACGGGAACGAUCCCUGUUCUUGAAGAAUUUUGUGGUUCAACUGCAUCAGGAUGAUGCUAGCAAAGAACAUCGCAGCAAAGCCAGUCGGAGUCUCAAGGCCGCAUCCUCAGGUCUCCCAGCCAGCAGCAGCAACAAGAAGAAUGCCAGCAAGAAGAAACAGGCAGUGAAAAAGAACAAGAAGCGAUCCAAGCAUUGAGAGAAAAUUGAUCUGCUUGAUCAUGCAAUCUACCAUAUAUGAGAUGCCUUGUGACAUAAAAUUCUCAAGUCAAAUGGCAGGGCCAAUACUAUCUGCGAUAAUAUUUGCCGAAAUGAGCCCAAGGACGCACGGUGGGACCAUGAUUCAUCCGAAAGAGUUCACUGAUGGGGCGACACAAACAACAGCGUUGUCUGGUUGGUUUCGACCGAGAUGUCAGGCAGAGCCAUGUUCAGUACGGAGUGCUGCUGCUGUAUGCAUCCAUUUUCAAGGUAGCUAGAUGCCCUUUUUUGGGCUAAUCAACAACAACAUCAAAACGUAGAGGCAAGGAAGGAAUCUUCAAUCGACUAGCACAGGCUUUCAAUGACGUCCAAAUAUAGCACCAAACUGAGGCUUUACUCUGUGGUAACUUUUCGGUUGUUUGACUUUGUAGGUUGCAUCAUAUAGCUCCCCAGCUACCGUUGCUCCCGAUAUGGCCAUGCAUGGUUUAAAUCAUUCAAAGAUUCCAGCAGUUACUACCUUGUAUGUCUAUGCAGUGAAAUCCACCGUAUCGAUUUUCAGGUUUCAGCACCAGCCUGUGUUUCCAGUUAAGCACAGCACUAUCCCUGGACCCACCCCAUGCCCCACUCUUGGUGCAACUUCCGGACCACUUCGAGGACCAACACCCUGGCAAUCUCAUCACUUGCCUCCACUCCUGGACCAUCGCCCUACUGUAUCCCUAACCUUGGUGUCACCACUUGGACAUUUCAAUUUGUCCGUUUCAAAGAAAGAAAUGGUCAUCGAAUGUAAAUUGUUGGGAUUUUGGUUUAAGGCAGGGUCAUGAAGAAUGAUUCAGUUAAAUCAAUUUUGUACUUCAGUCAUCUAUACGACAUUCUGUGCGGAUUUUAUUUAAGCCUUUGCCACCGCAAAAGCCACCAAACUUCUUCCAGUUUCCAGCUGCCA